AUGGCUCUGAGCCUUUGGCCGUUUCUGCUGCUGCUGCUAUCCUCUUCCGUUUCUUUUUUCAAGGUUGUGACUCUGGCCCCUACUGAGCCUCAGUCCCUGGACCCUGAUCUUUCCCUCCUGAAGUCAUUCCUCUCCCCUAUGGACCAAGUUUCCCAGGGUUCUUUUAGCUGCUUACAGAUCUCCUCAUUUCUGGCCGACAUUUCUUCUCCUUUUGAGCCUGGGAGGAUGGGGGAGGGGCCAGUGGGAGAGCCCCCACCUCUCCAGCCCCCUGCCCUGCGUCUCCAUGAUUUCUUAGUGACACUAAGAGGUAGUCCGGACUGGGAGCCAAUGCUAGGGUUACUGGGGGAUGUGCUGGCACUGCUGGGACAGGAGCAGACUCCCCGGGACUUCCUGGUACACCAGGCAGGUGUUCUGGGAGGACUUGUGGAGGUGCUGCUGGGAGCCUUAGUUCCUGGGGGACCCCCCGCCCCUGCGAGGCCCCCAUGCACCCGUGAUGGGCCUUCUGACUGCGUGCUAGCUGCUGACUGGUUGCCUUCUGUGCUGCUGCUGUUAGAGGGCACCCGCUGGCAGGCCCUGGUGCAGGUGCAGCCCAGUAUGGAUCCCACCAAUGCCACAGAUUUCGAAGGGAGGGAGCCAGUUCCUCACCUUUUGCAGGGUCUGUUGGGCUUGCUUACCCCGCCUGGGGAGCUGGGCUCUGAGGAUGCUCUUUGGGGGGGUCUGCUGCGCACAGUGGGGGCCCCCCUCUACACUGCCUUCCAGGAGGGGCUGCUCCGCGUCACACACUCCCUGCAAGAUGAGGUCUUUUCCAUCAUGGGCCAGCCAGAGCCUGAUGCCAAUGGGCAGUGCCAUGGAGGAAACCUGCAGCAGCUGCUCUUAUGUAUCCAGUGUGGACUGGGAGAAGCAGCAGCCAGCCCCACACCAGCACACAUACCCAAUGGCCGCCAUCAGAUACCCAUAGCCAUCGCUGGCCAGGAGAAUCAGUCAUGCUUCAGAGAAAUUGCAGCCAAUAAUCUGGUGGACUCAAUUCCAGAUACUGCAGUGCAUAGAGAACCUGGUUUGAGGCUUGCCACCCCAGAGAUGCUGAUGUCCUUCGGGAAGUUUUCCUCACUGAAAAGCAGUCGGGGAAAACAUCUAUCUGCUGAACGAGUUGCUUCUCCUUCAUUCCUGUACAUCCCUCAGGAGCCCACCAACAGUCAGCAAGGUCUUUCCAUCAGCUUUUCCUAUGGACCAUGGGCUCCAGGCAACCUGGCAGCAGGCAUGACCUGUAAGUUUCUGCAACAGAUCAGCUCAAUAGCAGACUUCCUGAAAGUGCUUUCUCAACUGCCCACUGGGGUUCAAGGGAGUCUGGUGGGGUGGUGCUUAUUCAUGAAUGGGAGAAGGGAGGCUGGGACCCAGGAGCCAGAACUGACCACCCUGGGACCCAGACUGAGAGGGCUUGACACCAGACUACUUCUGGAUUUACAGAUCCCGCUGAUGGACAGACUGUCCAAUGAACCCAUUAUGUUGGUGGUAGAGCUGGUACAAGGAGCUCCAGAGCAGCUGCUGGCACUGACCCGUGUCCACCAGGUAGCGCUGGCAGAGAGGGCACUGCAGAACCUGGUGCCAAAGGAGACCCCGAUCUCAGAGGAAGUGCUGGAAACACUGGGCCCCUUGGUUGGAUUUCUGGGUACAGACAGCACACGACGGAUCCCUCUACCGAUCCUGCUGUCCCAUCUCAUUCAGCUGCAGGGCUUCUGCCUGGGAGAAACAUUUGCCGCAGAGCUGGGACGGCUGCUGCUGCAGGAGCCUGCUCUUGGGAAACCAGAACUGUGGAGCCAGGAAGAAGUAGAGCAAGCUGGACGCCUAGUAUUUACUCUGUCUGCUGAGGCUAUUUCCUUGAUUCCCAGGGAGGCUUUGAGCCCAGAGACCCUGGAACGGCUUCUAGAAAAGCAGCAGAGCUGGGAGCAGAGCAGAGUUGGAAAGCUGUGUUGGAGACCACAGCUUGCUGCCAAGAAAGCAGCCCUGGUAGCAGGGGUUGUUCGGCCAGCUGCUGAGGAUCUUCCAGAGCCUGUACCAACUUGUGCAAACAUCCGAGGGACCUUCCCAGCAGCCUGGUCCGCCACACAGAUUGCAGACAUGGAACUCUCAGACUUCGAGGACUGCCUGGCACUGUUUGCAGCAGAUCCGGGGCUUGCGCCUGAGGAACUACAGGCAGCCAUGGGCAAGGCAAAGAAGCUCCGGGGCGUGGUCUCCCGUUUCCUGCGGCAGAGUGGUCGGCAUGUCAGCCAUCUGGACUUCAUUCACCUGACGGCCUUGGGCUACACGCUGUGUGGACUGAGGCCAGAGGAGCUGCAGCAUAUCAGCAGUUGGGAGUUCAGCCAAGCAGCUCUGUUCCUGGGCAGCCUGCACCUCCAGUGCUCCGAGGAACAGCUGGAAGUUCUGGCCCACCUUCUUGUGCUGCCUGGUGGCUUUGGCCCAGUCAGUAACUGGGGGCCUGAGAUCUUCACUGAAAUUGGCACAAUAGCAGCUGGGAUCCCAGACCUGGCUCUUUCAGCUCUGCUGCGGGGACAGAUCCAGGGCCUGACCCCUCUUGCCAUUUCUGUCAUCCCUGCUCCUAAAUUUGCUGUGGUGUUCAGCCCCACCCAGCUGUCCAGUCUCUCCAGUGUCCAGGCUGCGGCUGUCACUCCUGAGCAAAUGGCCCUUCUGAGUCCUGAGCAGCGACGAGCAGUUGUAUGGGCCCAACAUGAGGGCAAAGAGACUCCUGAACGGCAGAGUCGAAGCUCAGCUUGUUGCUCUCGGUGCUGGUCACAACCCGCCUGGGCCCUGGCACUGAUCAGCUUCCUUGGGCACCUGCGGUGAGCCUGUCUACAGCUGAGGGAGAUCGCUGUCGAGAGAAACCCUACAUCAUAAUGAAUAAAGUGCAUCCUAAUUAUUCUCAGGAGCUGAGGAGGAAUCUGGGCAAAUGCUGAUGCUUCCCACUCACCUGAGAGCCGGCUUCUCUGGCAUGUCACACCUAAAGUCUCCUUCCAUCAUACAUCACCCCACUGCUUCUUUUCAUUUCCUGGAGUUUUGCUGCUUCCUCAUUCCAUCAAUAAAAUAACACAAACAGCUGGAGCACAGUAAGGAGUUUCUACUAGAAUGUA